UUAGCAAGAAAUUAUGACGUUUUGAAGACUUUGAUGCGUAAUGAGGUGACACUCAUUUAAUAUACCUGAUCUGUUGACCAGUGAGAAAGUAGAGAUUCUAUUUGGAGAUUGCAUUGGAGUACCUAUGGUUGUGUAUUGAUGAGAGAUACAACCAUGGGGAACAGAUCCAGUAAUCAACAAGUUCAUCACCACUCCAGUAGCAGCACCGGCAACACCGCCAGCCCCAGGACUAGGAACACCUUCUUCUUCCCAAUGUUAUGUCGCCUCUCCAUUAACGACGUCGCCAAACCUACCAGAUUGGCCGAUUUGGCGUCUUCCUCUUCUACUUCCACUUCAUGUUCGCCGGAUCCUACAUCCCCGAAAAUCAGCUGCAUCGGUCAGAUCAAGAAGAGAUCCAACUCCAACUCCACCUCCAUCGCCAACAACCACAUCUCCGCCUCCAGAAUAUCUACUGCUACCACCGGAAAAUCAGCUACCAACCUCAAUUACAAUAAGCUUCGGAAACUCUUCUCUGGUAAAAACCUAAUCUCACUACCUACUGACACUGCUACAAUCAGCAAUCACUGCGGAAUUCGAAGCUGCAAUGGUAAUGGUGGUGUUCGGAAGCCAAAUAGUAAGAAGAAGACAUAUAUGAUUAGUAUCGGGGAUCCGGAGGUAGCAGUGGAAGAACUAGAUCCGCCAUUGCCGGUGGUGAAAUGUCGGCCUCGAGAUCAACAAGUGAAUGUGAGUCUAGGAAAGAGACGUGGCAUUGAAUUGAAAAUUCUACAGAUUCAGCCAUUUCAGUUGUCUGCAGUUCAUGGUACCAAGUUUAUCAAUAACGGAGACAUUUCAACUGAUGAUAAACUCUUUAGGUAAAUGCGGCAAAAAUCAGGAUGAAGUGAUUUUUCAUAGAAUUUUCAAUUUUUUCUGUUGUUAAAGUUUAGAAAUACGACUGUAAGUGAAAGUUUCCUGCAUAUCAAUUUAUGUUAAAAUAUUACACCGA